GUUGCAAUGGGGAAAAGUCACACUUCCUAAGGUUUGUGCACGUUGCUGGAUGAAAGAGAGAAGUGUUAUAGCACUUAUAACUCAUAAUUGCUUGACGUAGAUCGGUACAUUUGCAUUGUAAGCGCAGCAAGUUUCAAUAUGAGAGCUAUUCGCGUAUCAUCUUUCGGUGGACCUGAAGUUUUGAAGCUUAUUGGCGAUGUCCCAGUUCCCACUGUUUCCAAAGGACAGGUGAGGUUUUGGGUAAGAUGUUCAUAUAACCCCAUACCUUUAUUAUACAUACAUUGUUAGACCUUAUUUAUAUUGACUAUGUGUGGGAAAAAGUAUGAAAUUGCUGCAUGUAUAAUAAAUGUAGGGGUUACCGUAUUAUUUUCUCGAAUAUAGCCGUCCCUCGAUUAAUCCCCUCCCUCGAAUUCUUGUUUUGCAACCACAUGACAAAGCGGCCAUGUUGGGGGUCAAAACAAUAGAAUUUUUCUCAAAGAAUUUACAUGAAAAUAGAGUUUAGUUCCCGGAGGAGAGAAAGGCUUUUAUUCUUGAUCACCAACAUGGCUGUCGUUACGUCACUUUCAAACCAGCAAUAAUCGCCCCCCUUUGACCAUAAUAUUUAAAAUACAAACCCACACAUAAGAUCCUAAAAUUUAAGAACCUGUUAGGCUAAAAUUUUCAUUUUAAACCCCCCUUUUUAAAAAAAAAAACCUGCUGUAAAAUUCCGAAAAUAAGCCCUGGGGCUUAUAUUUUUCUAAGGCCCUUUUUGAGGGGCUUAUUUUUGGAGGGGCUUUUCUAUGGAGGGAAAGUUGCAUUUGAAAAUCAGUUGGGCUAGUCUUAUAGUUGUAAGAAAAAUUGCCAUUUUUGCUUUGUUUUAUUUUGUAUUUGAGGGCAAUUUUCCAAGUACAAGCCCCUAGGGGGCUUAUAUUAUUUUGGAGGGCGAUUUAACAGAGGGUUUUUUUGCAUUAGUGGUUUGGGGGGCUUAUAUUUGGAGGGGCAUAUACAUGGAGGGGCUUAUUUUUUGGAAUUUUACGGUAUUUAGCCUAAAAUUUCCAAUAGGUUCUUAUUUUACAAAAAUGAAGGCAGAGAAGAAAAUACAGCCAGAAAAAGUUCAAGUCUAGGUUUCACUCAGUAAGAUUCAAAAUAUAACACAGCAUUUUGUGGACACUGCAGCAUGAAAGACAUGCAUUCUAGUACUUUGGAACAAUAAAAUUACCGCAUGGUUAUCAUCUAAACUGUAUUCUAGACAAUUAUUUAAUUCAGCAACAUAUUCCAUAUCACAUAUAUGCCCUGUAGUAGUUAUCUGUGCAGAUCACUGGUACCACUAUCAAAUUAAGAACCUAUUUAAGAACCUAAGUACCCUAAAAUCCCACUAAAUACCAUUUCUCUAAGAACCUAUUUAGGCUAAGUUGGAAAAAUCUGGGUUCUUAUAUGUGGGUUUUUACUGUAGUCACUUCCCUCGCAUAAUGGCCUCCCCACCCCUCACCUACAGCGGUAAAUCUGGAGCUUGAAGCUGAAGUCAGUGAAGUAUAGUCUGAUCCAACAAAACUGAUCAGAGACCAGAUUCAAACUCAGACGCCCAGGAUAUUGACGUUGAAAAUUAAUCAAGGAACCAAAUCUGGAACUCUUAAAAAGCCCAUGUUCAGUUUAUUUGAUAUGAUUAUUUUCUUAUUUAAUGGGAUGAUAAAACAAAACAUUUAAGGCAUGACUUCCAGUGAACAAAUAUUUGAAAUAAUCGCCUGCCUCGAAUAAUCGCCCCCUUUUAGUGCAAAAAAACUAAUUUCGCAAGACUAUCAAUCGAGGAAAUACAGUAUACGAAAUCUUACAUUGUCAAACAUUCUCAAAAGUAAAGCCUAUCAGGAACACUGAGAUUUAUUUCGUCUCUUGCCAAUAAAUUUGCACUGCAAACCAUGUGUACUGUGGUGGCUUCUAGUUUUGAUUCUCCCACCCAAUCCUGGGGUGAUUUGAAUUUGCAGAAGGAAGACUACAUAUUUUUCCAAGUCAUCACACCUGAAGCUUAGGUUUAAUUAAAGUCAACUUGAACAGAAAAAUAAAAUAAAAUUCAGUAUUGCCAGCCAAAACUGAAUCUUACAAAGUUUUCUUACAUUGUAGGUACUUUCCAUUGUGCCAAAACGUCCUGAAAUUUUGGUUGAAAGAUUAAGUCAACACUUAAUGUCCGGGUGAAAAUUUUCCAGAGGUGUUCCUCUUUGACUGGUCUGUCUUGGCUGACCAAACCUUGAUGUUCCAUUGUCAAGAAAUAUUGUUCCCAAUCCCACUUAGAAGUGAACAUAAUACGGUUGAAACGCAAAUCGAAUGCUUUGUUCCAGUUGGAAAUCUUGUUUAAAGUUAACAGUGUUGUUCCAUUUUCCUUGAUUAUAUCCUUUGGUCUCUGAUUUUAUAGAUCACUUAUAAAUUUAAUUAUGGUCCCUUGUCGUGCAAAAGGGUGGCAUUUUACAUUGUUAUAUAGCUGGAAAUUUUUUCCCAACAGGGCACAUUCUCAUUGGUUACUUGGAGGUCACAUGACAUCUAACAAUGAAACUGUUUCCUGCCAAAAUCUCUGAGUUGGAAACAAUUGCAAAAUCUUUGAUAUCAGCGGGUAACACCGCACUAUUACCCGUGAGUGUUGACUGCUUACGAGAUUUAUUUUCAUAAAUUUGUUCAGAAAAAGUUUUUGUUUGUGAUGGGCUAAAUAACAAUUGCCUCGAAUAGAUAGGGAAACAUGGAGAUUCUCGCGAGACAAAAUUAACUGUUUCUCUCAGGACCAGUCAUUAAGUGUUUAAUGGUUGCUCGGCAUCACAGACGUAUGUUGCAGUUAAUUUUUUAUUUCAGUUAAUUUUUAUUUUCCCUUUGUUUUAAAUUCAUUUUCGUACAUUACCAUACCCAAAAGCAAUGAGAAAGUAAAAAUUAACUGAAAUAAAAAAUUAACUACAACACAUACAUUACUAUUACACAUGGGUAUGGGUCUUGAGACAACAAAAUUUAAGAGCACAGAUAUAGUUACUGCACAAAGACACACUAUUAACUCUUGGGAUGUUUCAUAGGUUAAUGUCCUUGUCUGGGCAAUCAUUAGUAUCGUGUGCCAACUCUGGCACUUUAACUUAUAUUAUGGGCAGUGGGGUGAGAUGGGUCGAUGGGUUGCUCCACUAGUCUCAAGAUAUUGGACAGCACUUUUGUUGUGCCCUGAUAGGUGUUGAUCAAGUGGUUUUUAUUGCUCAAGUCUCUUAAAAUAUCUUCCUAUUCUGUAGGUACUGGUUAAGAUAGGAGCAGCUGGUGUUAAUCCUGUUGAUACUUAUAUCAGAACUGGAACUUAUGCAAGGAAGCCAACUCUACCCUACACACCAGGUUCUGAUGGAGCUGGGGUCAUCCACAGUGUGGGUGAGGGUGUUAAACAAAUUAAAGUAAGAUCACUGAAUGAUACUUUUUGAAACCCUAAUUCAGUCUUAAAUGCAUUGGAGAAUUAACAUAGAUCUUAAUUUAGAGCUUUGUCUUGUUGUUUAACUGAAAAAUUGGUGCUUCAUUUUGCUGAGAUUUUCCUUUCAAGUCUUUCACCUGCUUCUUGCAUGUAGCAGUUUGCUUUUUUUCCUCUCUCUUUCUUUUUUCUUAUCACUCAUUAUCUCGUUGUUAUUUUUAUGUGGUUACAAGGGAAAGGUGCAUAGAGAUUAAGCCAAAACUAAAUUUAACCCAAAACUUUUGCAGCCUCUAUUAUGGUAACCAGUAUAUCUGAGCAAUCCUGCUAUGCCAAGGUAUUACUUUUUAAAGUUCAAGUUUAUGCCCUUCCCCUAAUUGCACUCCAAAUUGCAGCCACAGUAAAAAAUCCCCCAACAAACCAUAAUAAUAAUAAUAAUAAUAAUAAUAAUAAUAGUAAAAUUCUGAGAAUUAAUAUGGCAAUGCUCUGCUAGUUUAAAGAGUGUCCAUCUGAAUGGUAACACCUUAGAAUUUCUUCAAAAGAUUAGUACUGUUAGACUGACAAAUCUCACCAUAAUUUGGUUUAGGAGUGAAUUAGCGUUAAACCCAUACCGUUACCCAGGGAUCAACACAUAACUUAGAGGUGGCUGCCAGUGAGUUUCACUGACUUUAAGGGAGAAAUUACCACAAAGACAUGGGGUGGUUUUGUGAUUUUGAAGGUGCAAAUAAGUAAAAAAUAAACAGCCUGCUUAGCUUUUACAUUGCUCUAUCCCUAGUGACCCCAAGAAUUUCUUAUCAUUUUGGUGGAAGGGGCCUGGGGAUACAACUGUAUGGUUUCAGCUGUUUUUUUUUUUGGAAGUAUUGUAUCAACUAGAAAUUAUUUUGUAUUUCUUAAAUCUUAGUUUAACGUCUGUCUUUUUUUGCUCAUUUUUGCAUCAGGAAGGUGACCGUGUGUUUGUAUGUGGAAGCAUAUCAGGGACAUAUGCUGAAUAUGCUUUGUGUAAUGCCACCAGUGUUAAUCACCUCCCUGAAAGCAUUUCAUUCAGUCAAGGAGCAGCCAUUUAUGUGCCUUAUUAUACAGCUUAUAGGGCACUAUUCCAGAGGUACAGUCAGAAAGAUUUUAACUUUACAACAGGGGCGCUUGGUGUUACUAUGGUGUUGGCAGCUCUCUCCAUCCCUCAAACAAUGCUUAAAAUAAUUAUUACUUGUUUAGAGCUGUUGAUACAGAAGCUCUCAGCAAUUGUACAUCUGUUGGUUUAACCUUCUUUUUCUGCAACCUCAUUCCUUGUACCCUCAUGGAAUUCCAGAUUAUGGUUAGGGCUGGGCAGAUAAGGGAGAUUGGGGCUUGUGAGAAGGAAAGUUUAACUGAAAAAUACAGUUACUUAAAUACCUUGCAUUUUUAUUGCUGUCAUAGUCAAUGAAAAUUGAAGUGAAGCAACACUUAGUGGUGUUUAUUUUCUUUUGUUAACUCAAGUUAUCCUACCACAAUAGUUGUAAUAAUAAUAAUAAUAUUAUUAUUCUACUAUUAUUAUCAAAUACAGGCUACAUGCUAAGGCAGGAGAAACAGUAUUAAUCCAUGGAGCAAGUGGAGGGGUAAGUACAUAUGUCAUAAUAAUUUAUUAUUAUUCCACUAUAUUUUUUGUGAGGUGAGGUUAAUUUCAAACUAGUCUUAUUUGAGCAAGCUGAGAAGUAGGCAUGCUGACCUGAAGGUCUUUCACUACACCUUAACAUUAUUACAUUAUUUUGAUGUUGAUGUGUUUUUCCACAGACUAAAAUGCACCUUGAAAUAUUUUUGUAUUCGUGUUGGAAAAGUGAGAAGUAGUAUUAGUGCCUCUAUAAAGCUGGAUAGUAUUCAUUAACUGUAUGCUAUCAGACAAGCUAUGCAUAGGCUCGCAAUUCCCUGGCACUGCACCCACCCCUCCCCUAGACGAACGAACAAACAAACGAACAACUUUGUUUAUGUAUCAAUCUUCUUGCUUGCUACACGUAGGCUACUAAUCGGAGACACCUAGUUGAUAAAAUCUAAUCAAACUUAAGAUUACAUUUGGUAAUAUUUAGAAUAAAUAUUUACAAUGUAAAAGAUUAAUCCGAAAAUAGCAUUAAUAGCAUUAAAAUAUUAAACAAUAAUGAUAAUAUUAAAAAUAGUAUACAAUCUAAUCAAGAGUCUUAAAUUAACAAACAGUCUCAAGUAUAACACAGGAGAGUGUUUGCCAUAUUGCACAGUAUUGAACCUAGGAAUAAAAAAGUCUGAAUUUCGUUGGUUGUAGCUAGACAAUAAUACGCUGAAACGAUGGAUAAUAUUCCCAGUUAUUAACUUACGUUUUACUGUGUACAUAAGGAUUGCAAUUAUAUCCUGCAAGCGACUAUUUUAAAGUCUUGUCAUUCGUGCACACGCAAGUAGCUCGUUACAUGAGGAUCUCCAGUCCCAAAAUACUGAUCGUCACUUACAUAAUAUCUGAAGGAGAUGGUGCUUUCAUCUAUAGGUUGGCCUAGCAGCAGUGCAAUUAGCAAGGGCUUAUGGAAUGAAAGUUAUUGGUACCGCGGGAACAAGUGAGGGUGAAAAUGCAGUAAAGAAAGCUGGAGCUUCGUUGGUGUUUAACCACCGACAGGAUGGAUACGUUCAAAACAUUCUGGUACGGUUACUGUAAAGUGAACUGAGUGUUAAACUCAAUAGAGGGCUAUGUAUAGUUGUAGUAAUAUUGUUGAAGUAAUGUCAUUUUGGAUUCACUGAUAUUCAGAGGAUAUGGAGAUUCCAUGUCUUUUAUUGUUUUUACGCUGUAGUGUACGACUGUAGUUGAAAUGGAUGCUGCCACUACGGUCAUACAAACUGAGACAACCUGUUGUAUCUAAAUGCAAUAUUUUUUACCGAGGCUGACUGGUGCCAGUGUGUAUCAAUGGGAAAGGGUGUGAUACUGUUGUAAUGGUAUUAGGGGCUUACAUUACGCCUUCCAAAAGAAGGGGCAGACGUACUUGACUUGGAGAUACAACUGUAAGUGAGUAAGUACGAACGUAGUACUAAAAAAUGUAAUUAUUACAUGUCUUUCUCUAAUAUGUACAUUUUUAGGAUGCAACAGAUGGUCAUGGGGCAGAUGUUAUUGUGGAGAUGUUGGCAAAUGCCAGUCUUACUAAAGAUCUUCAGCUUGCUACUGUGAAAGGACGCAUAGGGGUAUGUUUUCAUAUGAAGUGUUAUUAAGAUCAUUUGAAGUAUAUCGACACGUAGGGGUUUGGUGUUACCGUUUAAAACGCUGUUUAUCACAGUUUACGUCUUGCUUUAUUUCAGACGAAAUUGCAGCAGUACAUGAAAGUUUUUAAAAUUCUCUGCUUGUACUGAAAACUGGAAACGCUUCACACGUGUGUACCCCCUAUUGGCUCCGAAAACGCCUUUGCCUACCUUUGCCAGAUUGACCGUAUCCGCUAAUACACAUUCCUAGUUUCUUGUGCUUUCUUGGCUGCUGCUUUUAAGCUACGGUGUUUUUUGUUCAUUUAGCCUUGCCUUUCUUCAGGUUGUAGGCAAUAGAGGAACAAUUGAAAUUAAUCCAAGAGAAACCAUGGCUAAGGAAUCUAGUAUCAUUGGUGUUAUGCUGGGUCAUGCUACUGAGGUAACAUGAAGUCACUCUUUUCCGUUACCAGUUGAAAUUAAACCUGUGUAACACUGUGUGAUUUUUUGGAAGAAUAGGAGGCAUGUGCCUUUACUUUAUCGACUUCAGUCACUCCGUUUUGCUCUCUUACUUGAUUGAUUGAUCACCUGAUUUUUCGACAUACGGAAUCAAACUGUGUCACAACGUGAGGCAAGAGACCACCAAACUUACUAGGCUAGGUAGUCGCUUGUGAGACGAUCCAACUACAACGUACAAGACACAUUCCACUAGGAACACUAAACGUGGUAUUUCUAAUGUAUAGUUACAUUUGGUGGUUCCACUGUAUUAAAGUAAUGCAGAUUUUUCUUCUACUGUUCGCUUCAGACUGGAGUUUGCAACGCGUACCUCUUGUUGGUCCGAGACUGCUAUUUUGAAUCUUGAUGAUAACAUUUGAAUUCUUUAUCUCUGUUAAAGGAAGAGAAGCAAGAAAUGACAGCUGCUAUUGAGGCAGGACUGCUGGCAGGAUUUUUGAGUCCAAUAGUUGGACGGGAGUACCAAUUGAGCCAAGCUGCGGAUUCACACAGAGAUAUCAUAGAAAGCCAAGGGGCAAAAGGGAAACUGGUCUUGAUACCUUGAUAGAUAAGUACCUUCCAGAGACAGAGUUCACUGGUUAAUGUUUCCUCGUUAGUUUUUUAAAUGGUAAUAUGACCACAAUCAAAUUGCGUGCAAGGCUGGCAAUACGGCAAAGGGCAAGAAAGCCAUUACUGACAGAGUUUUAGCAUCGGCGCGCGACGAGAAGGCGUCAUUUUAUUCAUUUUUCUGACGAAGAUAUGGUGGUAAAGCACAGUGUGUGGUUCCUUACAGUAUCUAAUUGUAGGUAAAGAAUCUCAGGUAGAGUUAUGAUCAUUACGUUACACACGUAACUGUUGAUUCUCUUAUGUAAUUGCCUGUAUGUUAUUUUGAAAUAGUCUGAACUAAUUUGAUAACUGUCAAACAGUAGCAAUUUAAUAUGAAAUAUAAUUAUGAUUUUGAAUAUUACCAAUUCUAAAUGAAACAUGUUUUGUGGCCUACCAUACCAUGUAUGUGUAAUUUGUGACAGGAUAUGUUCUUACAUGCCGUUUAUUCAUACAAGGUAGUACAUCAACGUAUUGAAUCACCUAGCCUGAGAAAACAGCGGACAUUUCGCGACGCCAUCACUGGUUUCCCAGCGAAAUAACGUCUGAGGAACGACUGCAGAAAUUCCCUACUGUUGACGUGUCACUACC